CCUUCCCUUCCUAGAAGGAGCAGGUCGGAACGCCUUGCCAGGGCUUUCAGCGAAGGCCCCYGCAGCGGCCGGGAUGUUUCUGCGCUUGCUGUCGGACGUGCGGUGGCGGGCGGCCCGCCCGCCGAGGGGAGGCUGGACGCGCUCCCGCCGAAGCUCCUCGAGCGCAGCGGAGCCUCAUCCCGCUUCCUUGCCGGCGCAAGCGCAGGUGGUCAUCUGCGGCGGGGGAAUCACGGGCACGUCGGUGGCCUAUCACCUUUCCAAGCUGGGAUGGAAGGACAUAGUCCUGCUCGAGCAGGGCAGAUUGGCUGCGGGGACUACGCGGUUUUGUGCGGGCAUCGUGAGCGCAGCCCGGCCAGUGUCCAUCGAGCUCAAGAUGGCAGACUACUCCAACAAGCUGUAUGAGCAGCUGGAACAAGAGACGGGAGUGAAAACAGGGUACCUGAAGACAGGCUCUAUUUCCCUGGCUCAGACUCAGGAUCGACUAAUCUCUCUGAAACGCAUUGCCUCAUCGCUGAAUGUAACAGGAAUACCGUGCGAAAUUAUCACCCCCAAGCAAGUGGCACAGCUCCACCCGCUCAUCAACAUCCAUGACCUGGUGGGGGCCAUGUAUGUGCCAGGAGAUGCGCUCGUGUCCUCAGCCGACGUGAGUCUGGCGCUGGCAACUGCUGCCUCGCGGAACGGUGUCCAGAUUCAUGAACGGACGAGCGUCAGUCAUGUCUUGGUGCAGAAAGGCCGUGUGACCGGAGUGGAGACUGACAGAGGACAGAUUUCCUGCCAGUACUUUGUCAACUGUGCUGGCCAGUGGGCCUAUGAGCUGGGCCUCGCUGGAGAGGAGCACGUCAGUAUCCCAGUCCACGCCUGCGAACACUUUUAUCUCCUGACAUAUCCUUUGAAGGAACCCCUACCAAGCAGCAUACCAACUAUUGUGGACCCAGAUGGCAGGAUCUACAUACGCAACUGGCAAGGUGGCAUCCUCUCGGGAGGCUUCGAGAAAAACCCCAAACCCCUCUUCACAGAGGGACGGAACCAGCUGGAGAUCCAGAAUCUCCAGGAAGAUUGGGAUCAUUUUGAGCCACUUCUGAGCGCCCUUCUGCGCAGGAUGCCGGAUUUGGAGGCGUUGCAGAUCAUGCAGCUGGUGAACUGCCCCGAAACCUUCACCCCAGAUAUGCGCUGCAUCAUGGGGGAGUCGCCCGCCGUGCGGGGCUACUUCGUCCUGGCCGGAAUGAACUCGGCUGGUAUCUCAUAUGGUGGGGGAGCAGGCAAGUACCUGGCAGAGUGGAUGGUGAAUGGUUACCCCUCGGAAAACGUCUGGCCUCUGGAUUUGAAACGUUUUGGGUCUCUUCAGAGCAGUCGCACGUUCCUCCGGCACCGCGUGAUGGAAGUAAUGCCUCUCAUUUGUGAUCUGAAAGUUCCCCGUUGGGACUUCCAGACAGGCAGGCAGCUGCGCACUUCACCAUUAUAUGACCGUCUGGAUGCCCAGGGAGCUAGAUGGAUGGAGAAACAUGGAUUUGAGAGAGUCAAAUAUUUUGUCCCCCCUGGGAAAGAUCUGCUGGAUUUGGAUCAGAGCAAAACCUUUUACAAACCAGAUUGGUUUGAUAUUGUGGGUUCAGAAGUCAAGUGCUGUAAGGAAGCAGUUUGUGUCAUUGACAUGUCAUCUUUYACUAAGUUUGAAAUAAGCUCCACAGGAGACCAGGCCCUGGAGAGCCUGCAGUACCUCUUCUCCAACGACCUGGACGUGCCGGUCGGGCACGUUGUGCACACGGGCAUGCUCAACGAGCAGGGUGGUUACGAGAACGACUGCAGCAUCGCGCGCCUGAGCAAACGCAGCUUCUUCAUGAUUUCCCCUACUGACCAACAAGUCCAUUGCUGGUCCUGGUUGAAGAAUCACUUGCCCAGUGACAGCAACCUGACCGUGGAAGAUGUGACUUGGAAGUACACGGCUCUCAAUCUGAUCGGUCCUCGUGCUGUGGAUGUCUUGUCAGAGUUGUCAUAUGCCCCAAUAACUCCAGAACACUUUCCCUCUCUCUUUUGCAAGGAGAUGAGUGUGGGCUACGCGAAUGGCAUCCGCGUGAUGAGCAUCACGCACACGGGAGAGCCUGGGUUCAUGCUGUACAUCCCUAUAGAGUACGCCCUGCACGUGUACAAUGAGGUGAUGAACAUGGGGCAGAAGUACGGGAUCCGCAACGCUGGCUACUACGCGCUGCGCAGCCUGCGCAUCGAGAAGUUCUUUGCCUUCUGGGGCCAGGACCUGGAUGCCUUCACCACUCCCAUGGAGUGCGGGCGGGAGUUCCAGGUCAAGCUGGAAAAGGGAAUGGAGUUCCUUGGCCAGGAAGCCUUGUUAGAGCAGAAGCAGCACGGUGUGUACAAGCGCUUCACCAUGUUCAUUCUUGAGGACCACGACACAGACAUGGACCUCUGGCCCUGGUGGGGGGAGCCCAUUUUCCGCAACGGCCGCUAUGUGGGCAAGACCACGAGCAGCGCCUACAGCUACACCCUGGAGCGCCACGUCUGCCUGGGCUUCGUGCAGCACUUCGAUGAGAAGACCGGAGAGGAGCUCGUGGUGACAACUGACUUCAUCAACCAGGGCGAGUACGAGAUCGACAUCGCUGGGCAGCGCUUCCAGGCCAAAGCCAAGCUCUACCCCUUCAGCUCCCUCUUCACGCAGCGGCGCCGCAAGGAGGAGGUGGAACUGAGUGGCUACCAAAGGGAGUAGGGCUGACCCGACCCGAGCUGGAAUCCUCUGCUGUCAUCUCGCAGUCCUUCUCCUCGUCCCGUAUUUCUUUCGUCUCCUCUYGUCUUGCGACUUUUAAAACUUUUCCAGUGUGUUCCAUUUUGUACAUUUUAGAACUUGUAAUUUUCAAGCUUUCUCCACUUUUUGCCCUAGCCAUCCCCCUCCUCCAGCCCUUGGCUCGCCAGGCUCCCCCGCGCUCCGGUGGCUGAAGGGCAGUGCGGAGCGCGCGCCGGGAAGCCUGUGGAGGAGCGAGCACCAGGGGCCUUUGCCUUAGGGUGAUGGGAAGGGCUCAGGAGAGGCCCUGAGGACCGUGCCCUUUCCGUCCCCUCCAUGGCGGAAGGCCGGGAACAGCAGGCACUUCCCACCUGGAAUUCAGGUGUGCUGUCCCCACGGCUGAUCUUGGUGCAGCCUCACCCUGCAGAGCGCUCGGCACAUCGGCCCGCGCAGCCAUAGCACCAUCAGCUACCUCACUGGCACAAGGCAUCGUGAAGGGACGGGGCUCAGUGUGUCCUGUCACCGGACAGGUUUGCCCAGCGUUUCCUUCGCUAACAGGGAGUCACAUAGAAUUAAUCAUCAGGUCGUUGAGGUGACAGAAGUGCUGGUAAGUUUGUGGUGUUGUUACCAUUCAUACUGUUUUUAUUUUUUUUUUUUUUUGCGUGAGGCCACUGAAACUAAGUGGAUUCCUAUAAACAUCAUUGAAGAGCAACACGUGUAACGUGUAUCCUUAGCUUAUCUAAGGAAAUGGAAUUUCUGGAGGUUUUAUUAGCAGAAAGAGACUGUCUAACGAAGACAGAUGUUAGUCUUCGAAGUGAGUCGCGCUGUCAAAAGCUGUUUCUGUUUCAGCUGCGCUGUCUCUUUGGGAACUCCCUCUCACUUGGUUCUUCUGUGUGGCUCAGUCGAGCCCAUCUGGUAACGGACAUGCAGCAAACGCAAGUUUUGUAUAAAGCUUAGCUUAGUUUGGGGAACUUGAGCAGCAGGAGGGAACAGCAUCUUGUGUUUUCAGCUGUUUGGGGCUAUCUUGAAAUUAGAGUGGCCUGUGGUGCUGGGAGUACUGCAAAAAAUACUGCUUUUUCUGGGAGCCAGAAAGCAUCUGCACGAAAUUGUCUCCUGUUUCUAUCCCCAAAUCUAUCACAAUUCUAUCCUCUUUCAGCUUCUUACAUGGGACAUUGCUGUACCUUCCUCACCCAGGGAAAGAGGUGAGAGACCAAAGCAAGAGUUUUAUACUUGACACUUAGAGUGUAUCUUAGCGCAUCCAUUCAGAUUAGAGAUUAUCGCUCAUUCGUUGUCCCUGGUGAGGCUCUUUAGGAGAAAAUAAAGCAUAUCUCUGAAUCAAAC